AUGUUUGAGUGAAGUGUUAACCAUGUACUGGACGUUGGAUAUGUACUACUCACAAUUUGUACGGUCUAUCGUUUCCAGUCUAAAACGAACAAAUGUUUUAGAAAAAAUCAUUAUUUUGAUGCUUGUUCGGAGCAAACUUGUGACAAGUGAUCGCUAUCACACCUACAGAGACAUAAAGAUACGAUGGAGUGCGAGAAUGUACUGUCGACAGUCCCAUACUACUGGUGAUCUUGCUAGUUUCUCAAGUCAGGAAGAUGUUGAAGAGAUGAUUAAAACAAUGCCUGACAAAGAUCGCUCUUAUUGGACUGGACUUAAGUACAUUAAUUUGUGGGUAUUUAGUGAUGGAAGUGAUUCAACAUUUGCGAUUUCAAAGACGAAGAGCUUUGUUACAAAAAAUCUUCUCUUAAAUCGUUGUGUGGUGAUCAAUGGUUACGGUGUCUUGACUCUUACGUCUUGUUUGGCUCGUAGACCUUUCAUAUGUCAAACUGGAAAUCAUUCUGGUUUUUCUGUUUACUCGCCAAGUCUUGCUAUCGGUAAGAUUAAAGAAAUAAAUUUAGAAUGA